AUGUCCAACAUCAUGAGCAACCGCAACAGCACCCCCGAGGCUGGCAACGCCUCCUCCCUGCGACCGCCUUCCUCGAGGGCCAUCGGCGCCGGCCACCAGCUUCGUGCCUCUGCCGACAUGGCCUCCCUCACCGGCACGCCCCAGUCCAAGCAGAUCCGUCCCAGCUCCGAUUUCUACGGCCAGCCGCAACACGGCCACGGCCAGGGCCAGGGCGAGCUCGACCCCCAGGACAAGCUCGCCCAGCAGUGGAUCGCCGACAUCGACCAGUAUGAGACUACCUUGGAGGAGAUGGCAGCCGCUACCCUGGACCAGGACUUUAAGGAUGAACUGAGUGCUAUUGAACAAUGGUUUCGGGUUCUGAGCGAGGCCGAGCGGACUGCCGCUCUGUACGCCUUGCUGCAGCAGACAACCCAGGUGCAGAUUCGCUUCUUCAUCCAGGUCCUGCAGCAGAUGGGCAAGGGGCACCCGAUGUCGGGCGUUCUGUCGCCUGCCAACUUUGACAAAGGCAAGACCUCCACCGUAUGGCCAGGUGUGACUGACGCCAUGGGCAAGCUGAGUGUCGAUUCCGCCAGGAACUCUCUCGCCCGCGCGCCCUCCACGAACAAACGCCAGUCCGGCCUCGAUUCAAGCACUAUCAAUGCGAUGUUCCCUGAUGCCGCCGCUGCUAUUGCCACCGAGAAGGCCAAGUACACGCAAUCUACGGGCACUGCCCCUCCCUCGAAUCGAAACAGCACUGUCGACAACCGAUCAUCCCUCGUCGCACCUACAAUCUCGGCGCCCGAUGACUCCAACGGCCAGAGCCCAUCUCCGUGGGGCCAGGACCAGAGACCCAAGUCAUCCACUGGGCAGACGCCUAUGGGGCAGUUCGUCCAGCCUCCUCCAUCUGCCGGGCUUCGUUCUCCCCGGCCACCACAGAUCUCAGGCAACCAGCAAAUCAAGAGCCAGACAAUCACCACCGGCGGCGAUAAACAGGCUGGUGACCUUCCUCUGCUCUCGCCGUACGGCCCUAGUGGUGGAAACUGGGCCUCGAUGGUGAACACCCCCAUGGUUGCCAACUUUAACCCUCAGCAACAAGGCAACAACCAGGCGGAUAUGGUUGCCAACGCCACGGCGAUGAAGCUUGCUGCGCUAUCUACGGUUAACAAUCGUUUUGCCCUCGACGACGUGCGCAAGUACCGCCGUGCUCGAUCUAACGAUGCGCCGGGCGCCCCGCUUUCGCCUCUGCCCCCUGGAAUGGCCAUGCCUGGCCAGUUGAAUAUUGUUAUGAGCAAUGAGCGCGGACAAGUCCUGACGCCCGAGCAGAUGAUGGCCAUCCAGCAGCAUCAGCAGCAGCUCGCGGGUGGUGGCGACAGGUCGCGACCCAACUCUCCCGGCAUCGCGAUGCAAGGCGGCUUCCAGCCGAUGGGCAACUUCGCCUCCCCACAAGCCAACGGUUUCUUAAACCCGUACAGCAGUGCUUCACCCCUACUCAACAAUGGCAUGGCUUGGCUGCGCAGCCUCCGCCUGCACAAGUACACCGAUAAUCUCAAGGACUUGAAGUGGACCGAGCUGGUUGAGUUGGAUGAUGCACAGCUCGAGGCUCGUGGGGUUAACGCACUCGGUGCCAGAAGAAAGAUGCUCAAGGUGUUUGAACAAGUCAAGGAAGCCAAGGUCACGGGCAAGCUCCCAUAG